AUGAACGACACCCCAGUCAUCAGCUACAGCGCACUUGCUCCUGGUGCUUCACGAUCUGGGGGAUUGGAAGCAGUCGCUGAUCGAGCUCGAGCACGGAUGAAGCGACAAGCCUCGGAACGAGAAUCCAACGAUGAUUUUGACGAGAUAACCUCGUUUGAGCACCAGGUCAACAAAUAUGAAUCUAAUGAGGCACUCGCCCCGAAGUCGACCGAGGCCAAAGCAGAGGCAUUGCUGACAGAGGCUGAUUUGAUCAAAUCUGAGAAACCAGGCUUCUGGAAUGCAGUGAAGAGAAGGAUGAGUCGAGGUGACCAUAAGUCAUAG